CUUUCACCUUGCCCAUCCGGAGCUUCUUCUGCCUGGUCUUGACAAGUGGACUCAUGCCUUAAAGCUCCUCGGCCUCGGUGGUAUCAAUCAACGACCGCGAUGACGAUCAGUGUAGACGUAUAGACAACUUCAGCGCUUAGGUCUACCGCCGCCUUUCCCUGUUAGUCUAUGGUGGAUGCGUGCUCGCUGGACCCUAGGAGGGCUGUUCUUUACAACUUUCUUUUCUGUCUGUUUGCCAUGUCUGAAACACGUCCCUGUCGCCAGCCGAGCCACACAAGAUCACCAUGGCUGCGACUUGUACAAGAGAAACAAGCUGCCAACGGGAUGCCGGAGCAUAUCGAAAGCAAUCUCAGGACCACGUUCUACAUGAGAAGGGGUCCAAACUCGCGGGUGAAGGGCCUGUUUGGACGCGACCGCGUCUAACGGUCUAGUGUGUAUUAUAUGAAGCCCUGAUAGCGAGAGUGUCAGAAGCUUAACCUAAACCACGGAAACUUGUCCAACGGCUGG